AUGAAAGGACUACCUAUCCGUGAAGUGAGUCGGCUCUCUGAGAAACUGCAGUCAAGCGGAGGUGGGAACACAAAAGUGCAACACAUCAUUGCGGAAGGUAUUCGCUCACGUGUUUUAGACAAGAAAACAUUACCACUUCUGCUCCAGCGACUCGCACUCACUGGGAACUGGAGGCUUUCUAUGCAGGUGGUGCAGAGUGAUCUUCUUGAUAAACACCAUAUUAGGCGAGAAGAAAAUAUCUGGAAGAUACUGGAGCACGCGGCACCAUGUGAGGAAAGCCGCCAAACUGUUCGUCAGACACUUCGGCAACUAUAUGCACGGACAUAUGGUCCUAAAGGCCGGUGA